GACGAGGCGGUGGAUUACAUUUGGACGGCGAUUCGAGAGGAGGCGAGGCGAGACGCGGCGAGGGAGCCGAUGCUGUCGAGCUCCCUGUACGCGAGCGUGCUCAGUCACGACACGCUGGAGCAGAGCUUGAGCUUCGUGUUGGCGAAUAAGUUGGCGGACAGCACGCUGCUGCCGACGCAGCUGAUGGAGAUUUUUAACACGGUGCUGACGGAGGAGGAGGAGACGGCGGCGGGCGCGGAGCUGCGCGAGGCGGUGAGGGCGGACGUCGCGGCGUUCAAGGAACGAGAUCCGGCGUGCGUGGGGUACUCGCACGCGUUGUUGUUGUUCAAGGGGUUUCACGCGCUGGAGUCGCAUCGCAUUCAGCACGCGCUGUGGAACCGCGGGCAGAGACUCAUGGCGUUGGCGAUGCAGAGUCGAAUCUCCGCCGUGUUCUCGAUGGACAUUCAUCCGGCGGCGCGGUUGGGGAAAGGGAUCUUGAUCGAUCACGGCACGGGUGUGGUGAUCGGUGAGACGUGCGUGAUCGGAGACUCGGUGAGCAUCUUGCAAGGCGUCACUCUGGGGGGCACCGGGAAGGCGGUCGGCGACCGUCAUCCCAAAAUCGAGUCGCACGUCUUGAUCGGCGCGCACAGCACCGUGCUCGGGAACAUCAAAGUCGAGCGCGGAUCGAUGAUCAGUGCGGGGAGCUUAGUGUUGAAGCCCGUCGCGGCGCACACCAUGGUCGCUGGCUCGCCCGCGAAGGUCGUGGGUAAGGUUCGCGACAGCAAACCGUCGCUCGUCAUGGACCAUCACAUCACG